AUGAUCCCUAUCCUUGUUGGGAUGAUGCUCGGCCUCUUCCUUCAGGGAAUUGGCACUACAACGUUCGGCUACUACGCCCCCUUCAUGAUCUUCGCUUCCGUGUGCAUGCCAGUUGCCUCGGGUUUAAUGACAACAUACAAUCUACACUCGUCCCUAGCAAAGAUCAUCCUAUAUUCCGGGCUUGUAGGGUUCAGUGGCGGCAUCGGCUUCCAAGGGCCCCAAGCAGCUAUGCAGACAACCUUGAAUACCGCAGAUGUCAACAUUGGGAUCGGGGUUAUCUUGUUCGGGCAGAGUAUGGGGCCGGCUGUGUUCGUCGCUAUUGCACAGGUGAUAUUCACAAAUGAAUUGUCGUCAAGUUUAGAAAAUGCUAUACCGGGUCUGUCGGCUGCUUAUAUCGAACAACAUGGACUUGGUGAUAUUAAGAGCCAAGUUCCUGCGCAACGUUUGGGUGAGGUUCUGAGGGAUAUUGACCGGAGCUUGACGCACACCUGGUACCUCCUGUCGCUUUAG